AGUGGAGGGAGAGGGACUGCAUGGGGACUGAACGGCUGCUCACUGAGCGGUUGUCUCUGAUAAAAUAUUGCAGCGCCGAUUUGCAAAGGGAAACUGCAAACGCGCAGUUCAACCCUGCGGACUUGGGCCAUGUAGACCAAGUUUAUUUAUGUUUGGUAAAGCUCUUUCGUGAGUUGCAGUAACAAGUCACCUAAAGCCUGCUAUGGAGGACCUCUCGAGUCAAAAUGAGUCUGAGCACUGACAAUGUCACAAAAUUGUGGAAAAAUGGUUCCUCGGAACUCGACGGGACUCCGGGUGCGUCUUCCCACGUCAACUUCACCAACAGCUCCAGGGGAAACCCCACGGAGCCCAGCGAGGUGGACCUCAGCCGAGCCAUCCCGCUCGGCUUGGUGCUGGGGGCUUUCAUCGUGUUCGCCAUCGCGGGCAACAUCCUCGUCAUUCUCUCGGUUGUGUGCAACAGGCACCUGCGGACCCCAACGAACUACUUCAUCAUUAACUUGGCCAUCGCCGACCUGCUGCUGGGCACCACGGUGCUGCCGGUGUCCGCCACUCUGGAGAUCCUAGACUACUGGGUGUUCGGCCGGAUCUUCUGUGACAUCUGGGCGGCGGUGGAUGUGCUGUGCUGCACCGCGUCCAUCAUGAGCCUGUGCGUAAUAUCCAUCGACCGCUACAUCGGGGUGAGCCACCCGCUGCAGUACCCGGGCAUCGUGACGGAGAAGCGGGCUCUGCUGGCCAUGCUCGGGGUGUGGGUGCUGUCGGUGGUCAUCUCCAUCGGUCCUCUGCUCGGGUGGAAGCAGCCGCCGUCGCCGGACGACACGGUGUGCCCAAUCACCGAGGAGCCGUUUUACGCGCUCUUCUCUUCCCUCGGCUCCUUUUACAUCCCUCUUGUCGUUAUACUGGCCAUGUACUGCCGCGUUUACAUAGUCGCCAAACGAACCACUAAGAACCUGGAGGCAGGUGUGAUGCGCGAGAGGAUGAACUCGAGCGAGCUGACCCUCAGGAUCCACAAGGGAUCUCACGUGCAGGAGGAGCCCGGCAGCUCAGGCACCGGCAAGGGCCGCGCGCACCAAGCGAGAAGUUCCCUCACGGUGAAACUUCUGAAAUUCUCCCGGGAGAAGAAAGCCGCUAAAACUUUGGGAGUCGUGGUCGGCAUGUUUACGCUUUGUUGGCUGCCCUUCUUUCUGGCCUUGCCCAUAGGGUCUUUUAAUGUGAACCUGCGCCCACCUGAUCUCCUCUUCAAAGUGAUCUUCUGGCUGGGCUACUUCAACAGCUGCCUGAACCCCAUCAUCUACCCUUGCUACAAUCGCGAGUUCAAGCUGGCCUUCAUUCGCAUCCUAAAAUGCCAGUGUCACCAGCGUAAACGUCCCGGCUGGAGGGCGUACAAUUACCGCUCCUCCAACUUCAACUCCUCUGGAAACUCACGCAAAGGCUCUGCGGAUCACAACUCCAGCUGCUUGAACGGCAGCCAGCGCACUCUGCCAUCCUCUGCCAGUCCGAGCCCCAGCUACCUGAGCAAGGGUCUCCCACCUUGCCCCGAGGGGGAAACAUUAUACAUCUGGGGGGCAACCACCCCAACUCCCUCCACACCUAAUCUGCUGCCUGGCAGCCCGACAGAAUGCCAGCAGAGAGCUCUGAGAGGGGAGGUAAGAGGAGGGAAACCAGCUGAGGAAACUACUGGUGGUGUUUUCUCUUUCUCCUUUGGGAAGAACAGAGACAAGGGAGAGAUCAACAAAGACAGCAUCAUGCCUGAGGACAAGGUGUGACUGUUAAGUCUUACUGAGCUGUGACUUGUUCAUUCCUUACAGGAUUAAAGUCACUUACAGAGAAUGGGUGUAGGAUUUCAAACAUUGCUGUGAAUGGAUUGCUCCAUUCACUGUACAUGGUCCCAUGAUCAUUCAUCAGUCAGUGGAUUGUCAUUGUCAUAGUGGUCAGUGUAAGGUGAAGAAAACUACGUAUUGACUAUGCUGCUGUAUCACAGGUAUUUUUCCUAUUUUACUGUAUCUGUGGUUGACCUAGACAGGAAGGUUUUUUUUUCCAUGGACAGUAAUGGGGUUGAAGAGACCUAAUAAGAAUCAAUGUUGAGACUGGAAAGACCCCAGUGCAUGCAUUUUGAUUAAACAAUACCGAAAUUCAAAGGGAAAAGGACAUUAUUUCAGAAAAGAACUGUAUCCAACACAACCAUCCCUUCACCCCUUUCAGUUAAAAAUCCAUUUCUGCCCUGUAAAAAAAACUGAACAUGACAAAAAAAAAAAAACCUGACUAAUGUAAAAUGUGUGAUAAGACAAAUGAUCACCUUUCUGUUGCAGUCACUUGAUAUCUUCAUGGUAUGUUGUGGAAAUAAAGUUUAACCCGGUUUAUCUGCUGUGCGCACAAUCAUCAGAUAUCAUCUUAUUUGUAUGUUUGAUGUUCAAAAAGUUCUGAAUAUCAAUAUUAGAA